CCCUGUCUUUCACCUCCCGCUACCAUCUCCCUCUUCUGCUACAGUCUGUUGCUUUGUGUGCAUGCUGCAUCAUGACACGAGUGGGCUGCAUCUGGAGUUUCUUCUUCUUAUUUUCUCUGAGUUUAGGAUGGACGCGGGCUCAGGGACAGCAGCCGCAGACUAACUUCACCAGGCCUGUGUUCCACUGUGGAGGAGACCUGGUUGCAGACUCUGGCUUCAUUGGCAGUGAGGGGUUUCCAAGCCCUUACAAACCUAACAGCAAAUGCACCUGGCACAUCACUGUCCCAGAGGGCAAUGUGGUCAUGCUCCACUUCCGCUUUUUUGAUCUGGAGGCUGACGCACAGUGUCGCUACGACUAUCUGGAUGUUUACAAUGGCAAGUCCAACAUGAUGCCAAAGCUGGGUCGGUUUUGUGGAACUUUCCGGCCCAAUAACCUUGUGUCCUCAUCCAACACCAUGAUGCUGGAGAUGGUUUCUGAUGAGGGGACGCAGGGCAGGGGGUUCGUGGCAUAUUUCAGUGGAGAAAAACCAGAUGACCAACGGAUUUGUAAGGAGAAGAUAACAAAAGCCCAGGGAGAAAUCACGACACCCAACUGGCCAAAUGAGCAAUACCCAGCAGGAGUCAGCUGCUCCUGGCUUAUCACUGUGGAGCCGGAUAUGGUCAUCCAGGUGAUGUUUAAUAAGUUCGACUUGGAGCCUGAUAGCUACUGCCGCUACGACCAUGUGGCAUUCUACAAUGGUGGAGAGAGAGAUCGCUCUCGUCUAAUUGGAAAAUACUGUGGCGACAGGGUUCCUGAGCCCAUUAUUUCCAGUAGCAACGUGAUGCUGGUCCACUUUGAGUCUGAUUCCAGUGUGACAUAUAAUGGGUUCCUCGCAACCUACACCAGCGUCCCACAUGGCUCACAGAUACCAAGUGUUGACUCAGGAGCUGGUGUGGGGUCAGUCCCCUCCAGACCUAAUGUUAGACCCAUUGCACCUGCACGCCCUGCCAUCACCACCACCACCACCAAGCCACCUGCUCCUGCCCCAGUGCCCACCAGAAAAACCACACCAGUCAAGCCAACAGGACGCCGUGUACCAGGCACCACAGGCCAGGAUAGGAGGCCGGCUGUCAGGAGGCCAAUUCCUCAAAAUCCUCUGUGUGCCAAGGCGUGUAAAAGAAACGGAAGCAUCAAGCCUAGUUUCUGUGCCAGUGAAUUUGUGAUAACAGGAAAGGUGACAUCUGUCACCCCUGGGCCUGGAGGGGUCGCUCAUAUUAGUGUCUCCCUCAUUAAGGCCUAUAAACAAGGUCGGCUAACAUUGACUGAAGUUGGAGAAAUCACGUCAGUCAAGCUGGUGUCACAGUGCAAGAAAUGUCCAUUGCUGCGCAGAGGUCUCAACUACAUUAUCAUGGGCCAAGUGGAUGAUGAGGGACGCGGUACCCUGGAACCUGGGGCAUUCACAGCCCCAUACAAAGCGCCGCAUCACAGAUUAUUAAUGAAUUUCAAAAACCAGUCCUGUUAACCUCACACUACAACUCCAGAUAAUAGACAGCCAUGCUAACUGAAGUUUCACUGUGAAAUGAGGAUUGUAUUAAGCCGCCAUAUAAACACUUAGCAGCAGUUUUAUCCACCACAUUAAAGGAAAACAUUUCUUUACUUUGUUAUAGCUAAGCACAUGCCAGACUCUAUGUUUGUAAUUUAUAUAUUAAUAAAGGAUUUAUAACUCUU